AUGGCCAACAAGGAAGCAGCCUUUGGUGACACAGUAGCACAUGUGAUCAACAAAGAGUACAAAAUAUGGAAAAAGAACACCCCUUUUCUUUUUGAUUUGGUGAUGACCCAUGCUCUGGAGUGGCCUAGCCUAACUGCACAGUGGCUUGCAGAUGUAACCAGAGCGGAAGGGAAAGACUUCAGCAUUCAUCGACUUGUCCUGGGAACACACACGUCAGAUGAACAAAACCGUCCUGUGAUAGCCAAUGUGCAGCUCCCUAAUGAUGAUGCUCAGUUUGAUGCUUCACACUACAACAGUGAGAAAGGAGAAUUUGGAGGGUUUGGCUCAGUUGGUGGAAAAAUUGAAAUAGAAAUCAAGAUCAACCAUGAAGGAGAAGUAAGCUGGGCGCAUUAUAUGCCCCAGAUCCCUUGCAUCAUUGCAACAAAGACUCCAUCCAGUGAUGUUCUUUUUGACUCUACAAAACAUCCUUCCAAACCAGACCCUUCUGGAGAGUGCAACCCCGACUUGCGUCUGUGUGGACAUCAGAAGGAAGGCUAUGGACUUUCUUGGAACCCAAAUCUCAGUGGGCACUUACUUAGUGCUUCAGACGACCAUACCAUCUGCCUCUGGGACAUCAGCACUGUUCCAAAGGAAGGAAAAGUGGUGGAUGUGAAGACCAUCUUUACAGGACAUACAGUCAUAGUAGAAGAUGUUUCCUGGCAUUUGCUCCAUGAGUCUCUGUUUGGGUCAGUUGCUGAUGAUCAGAAACUUAUGAUCUGGGAUACUCAUUCAAACAAUACUUCCAAACCAAUCCACUCAGUUGUUGCUCACACUGCUAAAGUGAACUGCCUAUCUUUCACUCGUUACAGUGAGUUCAUUCUGGCCACAGGAUCAGCCGACAAGACUGUUGCCUUGUGGGAUCUGAGAAAUCUGAAACUUAAGUUGCAUUCCUUUGAAUCACAUAAGGAUGAAAUAUUCCAGGUUCAGUGGUCGCCCCACAGUGAGACUAUUUUGGCUUCCAGUGGUACUGAUCGCAGACUGAAUGUCUGGGAUCUAAGUAAAAUUGGAGAGGAACAAUCCCCAGAAGAUGCAGAAUAUGGGCCACCAGAAUUGUUUAUUUGUGGUGGUCACACUGCCAAGAUAUCUGAUUUCUCCUGGUAUCCCAAUGAACCUUGGGUGAUUUGUUCUGUAUCAGAAGACAAUAUCAUGCAAGUGGGGCAAAUGGCAGAGAAUAUUUAUAAUGAUGAAGAUCCUGAAGGAAGCGUGGAUCCAGAAGGACAAGGGUCCUAGAUAUGUCUGCACUUCUUGUGAUUUUAGACUCCCCCUUUUUUUUCCUCUCAACCCUGAGAUUGAUUUAACACUGGUUUUGAGACACAGACUUUGUUUGGCUAUCCCUCUAUGAUAGGUACCAUCAACAAUGUUAUUAGCCCAAACAGAGGGUGUUUUCUAAAUAUUAACUGGAGGACUUGAUUCAGUAAAGCCACAGACUUAUAUUUAAAUUUUCUUUAGGAAUUUUCUAGUAACAAAGAUCUAAAGUAGCCACAAAAAGUGGAAUAUUAUGUGUGGUUAUUUUUCUUCUUAGGCUAUAUCCCCAAGAUUUUCAGACUCCUUUAAGUAAAGGCUAAAGUAAGGAAGGAGUAGAGCCAAGUGAGGUAGGUGUCUGAGCCAUGAAGUAUAAAUACCACAAGAUGUCGUUUUUAUUCAGGAAAUGGGGGAGAUUCAAGUCAUAUAAAUUCCUAUUCUAAAAUUUUCACACCUGACUUUCCAGGAUGCACAUUUUCCUAUGUAGACCAGUCUCCUUUCAGUUUCUUCAGUUAAGUCAAAAAAACUAUGUGUUCCUCUUUCCCCCAUAUAUUUUUGUUUGUUAGUGU